GACGCCGCUACCAGAGGGACUGGAGAAGCGGCCGAAGCCGGGCCGGACCGACGCCUGCGAGCCCGCAUCCCUCCGCACCCACAGCUUUCCGGGCUGGCAGGCGGAUAGUAGCGGCUGAGUAAGUUUUUAAAAUGAAGAAGUUUAAUUUCCGAAAAGUUUUGGAUGGCUUAACUGCCUCCUCCCCUGGCAGUAGUAGCAGCAGUGGCAGUAACAGUGGUGGCGGGGCUGGAAGUGGUUCCAUGCAUCCAGGAGGGACUGCAGGGGUUCUCAGAGAGGAGAUUCAGGAAACCUUGACUUCAGACUAUUUCCAGAUUUGUAAGACAGUUCGGCAUGGUUUUCCUUAUCAGCCCACAGCAUUAGCCUUUGAUCCAGUUCAGAAAAUCUUGGCUAUUGGGACGAGAACUGGUGCUAUACGAAUACUUGGGAGACCUGGCGUUGAUUGUUAUUGUCAACAUGAAAGUGGUGCAGCUGUUCUGCAGCUCCAAUUCUUGAUCAAUGAGGGUGCUUUGGUCAGUGCAGGUUCAGAUGAUACACUUCAUUUGUGGAACCUUAGACAAAAAAGGCCAGCUGUUCUUCAUUCUCUUAAAUUUAACAGAGAACGAAUUACUUACUGUCAUCUACCUUUCCAGAGUAAAUGGCUCUAUGUUGGAACAGAAAGAGGAAAUACACAUAUUGUAAAUAUUGAAUCUUUCAUUCUUUCUGGAUAUGUUAUCAUGUGGAACAAGGCAAUUGAACUAUCCACAAAGACUCAUCCAGGUCCAGUUGUACAUUUAAGUGAUAGCCCAAGAGAUGAAGGGAAACUGCUAAUAGGUUAUGAAAAUGGUACUGUAGUAUUCUGGGACUUGAAAUCUAAAAGAGCAGAACUGAGAGUUUAUUAUGAUGAGGCUAUUCAUUCAAUUGAUUGGCAUCAUGAGGGCAAACAAUUCAUGUGCAGCCAUUCAGAUGGUAGCUUGACUUUAUGGAACCUGAAAAGCCCAAGUCGUCCUUUCCAGACCACAAUUCCACAUGGAAAAACUCAAAGAGAAGGAAGAAAAUCUGAAUCUUGCAAACCAAUUCUUAAAGUAGAAUACAAAACCUGUAGAAACAGUGAACCAUUCAUAAUAUUUUCUGGUGGGCUGUCCUAUGACAAAGCUUGCAGAAGACCAAGUUUAACCAUCAUGCAUGGAAAAGCAAUUACAGUGCUUGAAAUGGAUCAUCCUAUUGUUGAAUUUCUAACUUUAUGUGAAACACCCUAUCCAAAUGAAUUUCAAGAACCCUAUGCUGUUGCUGUACUUCUGGAGAAAGAUCUCAUUGUAGUUGAUCUGACACAAAGCAACUUUCCUAUCUUUGAAAAUCCAUAUCCCAUGGACAUUCAUGAAUCACCAGUUACGUGCACAGCAUACUUUGCUGAUUGCCCACCAGAUUUGAUUCUAGUGCUCUACUCUAUAGGAGUCAAGCAUAAAAAACAAGGAUACAGUAAUAAGGAGUGGCCAAUCAGUGGAGGAGCUUGGAACCUUGGCACACAGACAUAUCCAGAAAUUAUUAUUACUGGUCAUGCAGAUGGAUCGAUAAAGUUUUGGGAUGCUUCUGCAAUAACACUGCAGAUGCUGUACAAGCUAAAAACUUCAAAAGUGUUUGAAAAACAGAAGGUAGGAGAAGGAAAACAAACAUGUGAAAUUGUAGAGGAAGAUCCAUAUGCCAUUCAGAUGAUCCACUGGUGUCCAGAGAGCAGAAUAUUCUGUGUAUCAGGAGUCUCUGCAUAUGUCAUAAUUUAUAAAUUCAGCAGACAUGAAAUUACAACAGAAAUAGUGUCAUUAGAGGUACGACUUCAGUGUGAUAUUGAAGAUAUUAUUACGCCAGAACCAGACACAAGUCCUCCAUUUCCUGAUCUCUCAUCCCAGCUUCCUUCUUCAAGGAGUCUUUCUGGGAGCACUAACACUGUGGCUAGUGAAGGAGUAACGAAGGAUAGUAUCCCAUGCCUCAAUGUUAAGACACGACCAGUGCGGAUGCCUCCAGGGUAUCAAGCAGAACUUGUUAUUCAGUUGGUCUGGGUGGAUGGUGAACCUCCACAACAGAUUACUAGCCUUGCUGUAAGCUCGGCAUAUGGAAUAGUUGCAUUUGGGAACUGCAAUGGGUUGGCUGUGGUGGAUUUUAUACAGAAGACAGUACUGUUAAGCAUGGGGACCAUUGACCUAUAUAGAUCAAGUGACCUGUACCAACGACAACCACGGUCUCCUCGAAAAAACAAGCAGUUCAUUGCAGGUUUAACUGAGCUGAAUGACAGUCCAGUUCCCCUGGAACUUGAGCGUUGCAAGUCUCCCACUUCAGGACUUGCUACCAGAACUCCCGAGGCAGCACCAGGCUUUUAUAGGAAUGAAAUACCAGCUGUGAGACAGAGGAAUCAAGUACAUCACUUGCCAGUUAAAGGAUCAAGAAAGUUAAGUCUGCCAACAGAUCUUAAGGCUGAUCUUGAUCAUGUAAAUGGACACUGCACAAGUCCAACUUCUCAGAGUUGCAGUUCUGGAAAACGUCUUUCCAGUGCUGAUGUUUCAAAAGUAAAUCGCUGGGGUCCUGGAAGACCACCAUUUCGAAAAGCACAGUCAGCUGCUUGCAUGGAGAUUUCUUUGCCAGUUACAACAGAAGAAAGUCGAGAAAAUUCCUAUAAUCGCUCGAGAAGUUCUAGCAUCUCCAGUAUUGACAAAGAUUCUAAAGAAGCGAUUACAGCACUAUACUUCAUGGAGUCCUUUGUUCGGAAAAAUGACUGUACUAUCUCCCCUUGUUUGUUUGUUGGAACUAGUCUGGGAAUGGUGUUAAUCAUCUCCCUAAACCUACCUUCAGCAGAUGAACAAAGAUUUACAGAGCCAGUCAUGGUAUUGCCAAGUGGUACAUUCCUCUCAUUGAAAGGAGCUGUCCUAACAUUCUCCUGUAUGGACCGAACUGGCAGAUUAAUGCAACCACCAUAUGAAGUCUGGAGGGAUCCAAACAACACAGAUGAAAAUGAGAAAUCUUGGAGAAGAAAGCUGGUCAUGAACUGCCCCUCUCCAUCCCAAGAAAUAGGAGAUCAUCAGUAUACAAUAAUCUGCUCAGAAAAACAAGCCAAAGUCUUCUCACUGCCUUCUCAGACUUGCCUCUAUGUUCACAACAUCACCGAGACAUCUUUUAUACUGCAAGCAGAUGUGGUGGUCAUGUGUAACAGUGCCUGCUUGGCAUGCUUUUGUGCCAAUGGGCAUAUCAUGAUAAUGAGCCUACCUAGUCUUCGCCCAAUGUUGGAUGUUAAUUAUUUGCCACUGACAGACAUGAGGAUAGCACGGACGUUUUGUUUUACCAAUGAAGGACAGGCAUUAUACCUUGUCUCUCCUACUGAAAUUCAGCGGUUAACAUACAGCCAAGAGAUGUGUGAUAAUCUACAGGACAUGCUAGGAGAUUUGUUUACUCCCAUAGAGACACCAGAAGCUCAAAACAGAGGCUUUCUCAAAGGACUGUUUGGUGGAAGUGGACAAACAUUUGACAGAGAAGAGCUCUUUGGGGAAGCUUCAGCAGGAAAAGCAUCACGCAGCCUCGCACAGCACAUUCCUGGACCAGGUGGUAUAGAAGGGAUGAAAGGUGCUGCCGGAGGGGUGAUGGGAGAGCUGACUCGUGCACGGAUCGCACUUGAUGAGAGAGGACAGAGGCUAGGAGAGCUGGAAGAGAAAACUGCAGGCAUGAUGACCAGUGCAGAAGCAUUUUCCAAACAUGCACAUGAGUUAAUGCUGAAAUAUAAGGAUAAGAAAUGGUACCAAUUCUAAACUUCUAAAGAAGCUAUGACUGCUUUGAGAAACCAUUAUUCAGGGAAACCAUAUUUAUUCCCGGCAUCACUAUUCAACUGCUAGAAGACAGUUUCUUCCACAAAAUGUUCCAUUACAGUCCAUCUGAAGUUAUCAUAAGGGAGACUUAUCAGAGACACUGUACAACCCAAAGGCUGGAGCCCUGGUUAAAACCCCAAGAUAUGGCUGAAUUUGCCUCUUCCCACGUGGAAUGGAGCUAUCAUCUUGGCAUGUCGUUUGCUAAGGAUUUACAUUUAGGAACUAUGGGGAGUCCUGAUUUGAAAAAAUCCUGUACAAACAAAAACCAUUAAUGCACUUAAUGAACAAAAAUUUUGCAUGAUAAAUUAACAUCUUAAGAGGAAAAGAAAAAAAAAGCAUGUUGUGACAGAAGAAAAAAAGAUUUAUGGUAAACUAUUUUUAUAAAUUGGACCACACCUGACAAUUUAAAAAAAUCUGUGUUAGAAGGUAUCAGUGCAUUUCAAGUACAUUUGCAAUACCCAACUGAAAAAACAAACAAAACCAGACUUUUCUUUUCAUCUAUAACUUUCAUUAUCUAGAACAUUAUUGAAUUCUUAUGGCAAGAGUCUGAUUAACGUUCUUCUCUCUCCAUAAUAUUUUACAUUAUUCACAGUUCUUGGUCAUAAUCAAAUAUUGCCAGUACAGUAAAUUAUUCCUAACACAAUUAUAUCCAUUUCUAUCACCCUCAGAACAAGUUGCUAUUUUUAGUCACAAACCGUGCAGGGUUGGGUCACCUCGAAGCAUUUUUUCAGCCUGGCUUAUACUCUGCAGGGGAGUUGACAAUAGGUUUGGGGAAACUAGACUUACAGGAACAAUGUAGUUAGCUUUGAGAACUGAUUUCACUCACUCUGGUUUCAGGUUCUAAAGUGAUAUAUUUUUAAUGCUCCAUUUGUAUCCUUGUCUGCCAAUUACACAGUAUAUUACUGUUCAAUCCCAGUGGGGUCUUCAAUUCAAAGGUGCUCUUGCAGCCUGACACAGACCAAACUGGUCAUUCUCUUUAGUCUGAUUCAGUAAAACCUCAGUUAAUGUUUUAGGAAAGGGAUUCUGACAUUUCUGAUUAACAAGGGCUUUCAUUAGAAAUUACUUUUUGGUUCAAUACUUACUAUUAAAAAUUGUUAUAAAGUG